UGAUAAGAUGGUCUAUGAUAACAUCAAGAUAAUAUGGUUCAAGAAAAGAUUAAUUUUAAUCCAAGAAAAGACUAAAAUAAUUCGAGAAAAGAAUUACAUAGUUCAAGAAAGGAAGAAACUACUCCAAGAAAAGGUUAAAAUGGCCCGAGACAUUGUAAACAUAGCCCGAGAAAAGGUUAACAUAGCCCGAGAAAAAGUCAACGUAAUCCAAGAAAGAGCAACAUAAUCCGAGAAAAAGGUGAUAUGGUCCGAGAAAAGGAUAAAAUAGUUCAAGAUGACCUAUGAUGCCAUGAUCCAAGAGAAGGAUACCAUGAUCCAAGAAAAAGAUAAAGAAAUU